AAAGCAUUGAUUCCUCUUCCUUAUUUCAUCAACAACAUAAAAAACGCCUACAGAAAACCAUCGCUUCACACACAAUCCAUUAGUUUCUGACCUAAUCUUCUCGAUUUUGAUUGAUAAGAUGCAGAUCUUUGUGAAAACCCUGACCGGAAAGACCAUCACCCUCGAGGUGGAAAGCUCGGACACCAUCGACAACGUGAAGGCCAAGAUCCAGGACAAGGAAGGGAUCCCUCCGGACCAGCAAAGGUUGAUCUUUGCUGGCAAACAACUCGAAGACGGGCGCACUCUUGCCGAUUACAACAUUCAAAAGGAGUCUACCCUCCACUUGGUCCUCCGUCUCAGAGGGGGUAUGCAGAUAUUUGUCAAGACCCUCACUGGGAAGACUAUCACCCUUGAAGUCGAGAGUUCUGACACGAUUGACAACGUUAAAGCCAAGAUCCAGGACAAGGAGGGCAUUCCCCCGGACCAGCAGAGGUUGAUCUUUGCUGGCAAACAACUCGAAGACGGGCGCACUCUUGCUGAUUACAACAUUCAGAAGGAGUCUACCCUCCACUUGGUCCUCCGUCUCAGAGGUGGUAUGCAGAUAUUUGUCAAGACUCUCACUGGGAAGACCAUUACCUUGGAGGUUGAGAGCUCCGACACUAUUGAUAACGUCAAAGCCAAGAUUCAAGACAAGGAAGGGAUUCCCCCGGAUCAGCAGAGGUUGAUUUUUGCAGGGAAGCAGUUGGAGGAUGGUCGUACUCUUGCCGAUUACAACAUCCAAAAGGAAAGCACUCUUCACUUGGUGCUCAGGCUGAGGGGCGGGAUGCAGAUUUUUGUCAAGACUCUCACUGGAAAGACCAUCACCUUAGAGGUCGAGAGCUCCGACACCAUUGACAACGUUAAAGCUAAGAUACAGGACAAGGAGGGCAUUCCCCCGGACCAGCAGAGGUUGAUCUUUGCUGGCAAGCAGCUUGAAGAUGGUCGCACUCUUGCGGAUUACAACAUCCAAAAGGAGAGCACUCUUCACUUGGUGCUCAGGCUGAGGGGUGGGAUGCAGAUUUUUGUCAAGACUCUCACCGGGAAGACCAUUACCUUGGAGGUUGAGAGCUCCGACACUAUUGAUAAUGUCAAAGCCAAGAUUCAAGACAAGGAAGGAAUCCCACCGGACCAACAAAGGCUGAUCUUUGCAGGGAAGCAGUUGGAGGAUGGUCGUACUCUUGCCGAUUACAACAUCCAAAAGGAGAGCACUCUUCACUUGGUUCUCAGGCUGAGGGGUGGGAUGCAGAUUUUUGUCAAGACUCUCACUGGAAAGACCAUCACCUUGGAGGUGGAGAGCUCCGACACGAUUGACAACGUCAAAGCCAAGAUUCAAGACAAGGAAGGAAUCCCACCGGACCAGCAGAGGCUGAUCUUUGCAGGGAAGCAGUUGGAGGAUGGUCGCACUUUGGCGGACUACAAUAUUCAAAAGGAGUCCACUCUUCACUUGGUGCUGAGGUUGAGGGGAGGGAUGCAGAUAUUUGUGAAGACUUUGACUGGUAAGACCAUCACUUUGGAGGUGGAGAGUUCGGACACCAUUGACAACGUCAAAGCUAAGAUUCAGGAUAAGGAGGGGAUUCCACCGGACCAGCAGAGGUUGAUCUUUGCUGGGAAACAGCUGGAAGAUGGGAGGACUCUUGCUGAUUAUAACAUACAGAAGGAGUCCACCCUUCAUCUUGUCCUCCGUCUCCGUGGUGGUUUCUAGAUGUCUCCUCCUAUUUGUCCUUUGAUCAUUUGUUUCUGUUAUCUUGUUGUUCCGUUUCUUUUCUGUCUUAAACCACCUUUUGGUUUAUGUUGAAACUUUGUUACUGUUAUGUGCUCUAAUUCUGGUAUUCGGUUUAGUCCCUGAGACAAUGGAUUGGGAUUUUCUUUGUUAAAUAAAGCUCCCUUCUGUAUUUGCUCACACUUUCUUUGUUAAAUAAAGCCCCGUUCAGUAGUUGCUCUCUU